GAAGGCUCGUAUGAAACCUCCUCUCAAAGUACAGCACCCAAAUCCUAAAGUCAUACAGCACUAUAAAAACCCUUUCUCAGUCCCUUAUUUUCCACUCAAAAACAACAACUUUGAGUCCAAAAUCAAGAAAUAUAUACAACUUUUUUUUCAGUUUCCUCUGAAAUCCUUAUAUUUUAAUCGUAAUCGAUAAUGUCUUCUUCAUCUGAUGAUAGUUCAACUCUUGAAAUUAUACGCCAACAUCUUCUUGAUGAUUUUGCCUUCAUGGAAACUUAUUGCCCAGUUUCCAGUUUUUCAGAAUCCCAGAUUUCUCGAACUUCAAGCAGUUCAAGUACUGUAAUAUCUGAACAUACAACUGGUUCUGUCUUUAAUCCAGAUUUCAGCUUUGAUAACAAGAAUAAUACAAGCACGAAUCUUGAAUAUUCUGGGGUUUUCAGCUCGAAAACUGAUUACGAUUACUCGGAAUUUGAAACGAAGCCUGUAAAACAAACAAACUUCAGUGAAAGGAAGCCUUCGUUGAAUAUUUGUAUCCCUCAAGUGAAGAAAAUGGAGUGGAAUAAUACAGUUAAGGAGGUGGGGCAGAAAGUUCAAGAUUCCGGAGAGAGGAAGCAUUACAGGGGUGUCAGGCAGAGGCCAUGGGGGAAGUUCGCAGCAGAGAUACGCGAUCCUAACCGGAAAGGUACUCGGGUUUGGCUCGGGACUUUCGAUACGGCCGUGGAGGCGGCGAAAGCUUACGACAGGGCGGCUUUUAAUCUGAGAGGAAGCAAAGCAAUA